CACCAGGUUUAUAACAGUAUCAAUAUAAUGUUAAGUAAUGCAUAUAGGCUACUGUUGAUGUAAUUAUGCAACUCAUUUUAUUGAAUUUUAGUAACCCAAUUAUUGCCAGUUAAUCACUGAAUAUAUAUAUAUUUUUUAUUGUUAUUAAAAAAUGCAGAGCUAUUCAUAAUUUAAAGUGUUUAAUAAAUAAGGCUGGCAGUUGAGUCGAAAGAUUAAUGAGAAAUGCAGUAUUUUCCAUGGCUACGCAGCCGCAGCUGCAAACUAGAUAUUUUGCCGCGUCCAGCGAAGACAUAACCAUAUUCAGCUGGUGGUCAAUUUAAAUGUUCUUUACGACGUCUACGUCUUCCCUCAUCAGUGGAUUUUCUUUUGGCCUCUAAUAUGUAUUCCACGUUGCAAUUUCUAAUAAAUAGCAUCAUUCGAAGAAUGAGAUCCAACUUAUUUUUAAAAAAUGUAACCCCUUUACAGAUCAAGUCAUCAUUGCAAUGGAUAUUCAGAUCUGCAUUAACAUAAAAAUGAUCAAAAUUUGAAUAGGUUUCGAAUAGGUUUGCACUCCGAACUGUCUUCUCUGUGGUCUCAGGUUCAAACAUUGACCACUGCCAUUAACUAACAUCCUGCUGGAGUUUUGGGCUAUGACUUAAUAAUAUUAAAUCCUGAUUUGAAACUUUGUCUAAACCUAGCAAGUGAAAAGGAACAUACUAAAAUAAUGUUGUGUGCAUAAUGAAGAACUCUAUUAAAAUGUGAUUUUGUAUUUACAUUUAUUGGUAUUUAUUAUAUAAAAUAAAAUUGUAGAAUGUUUCUGUGAUUUGUUUCACAGGGAAUAUUGUAUUUCCAAAAGGAUGAAAGAUCCAUCUAGUAAACUUGUCUGUAUGCCACAUGUCAUAUAUGUUUUCUGUAAAAUAGAUUUUAAAAAAUUUAUUUAUUAACAUUUAUACUUAAUUAUGUAUACAUAUAUAGAACUAGUGGUUAUAUAUAUAUAUAUAUAUAUAUAUAUAUAUAUAUAUAUAUAUUAUAUAUGUUAUACUGAUUAUCUGAUCUAACAUCAACAUCUAACUCUUAUUGUUCUUAAUAAUAAUAAAUUACUCUACUCUAGGUAAUCUAAUAUAUAUAAGACCAGGGCCGGUCUUAAGCCUCUGCAACCUAUGCGGUCGCAGUGGGCCCUGCACUUUCAUAGGCUUCGUGCUAAUUCUAGGUGUAAUAGUUAAAUUGCAAUAUAUAUAUAUAUAUAUAUAUCGGUAUAUAUAAAACCUGGAAAUCUCAUAAAAAUCUCCUGAAAAAUAGACAAAAUUGUGGGUGUCAUUCAUUCCGGAAAACGCUAAUCCUACGCGCGAUAAACGAAAUAAGACAUUGUCAGCUUUCAUGUACUAAAAUGUAAUAAUCAGGCAAAUUUUCACUUUAAUCAGAAGUUUCCAUACUUUAUUUACUUUAAUAGAGUGACUGGCAUUUUAAUAUGCCAUAGGUUGCAAAGUUCGUAAAGUAAAGUUAAUUUGAUCGUAAUUUUGUACUUAGUAAAGAUUUAAUAAAAUUCAAAGUCAAAUUUUUUUAAAAUACGAAAUCUUAAUUUUCACUUAUUAUCCUUAUUCCCACCCAGACUAGGCCCAGCGCAAUCAGUUUCACAUAGGGCCCCGCAAUCGUUAGGACCGGCCCUGUUUAAGUUUAAGACUUAAAGAAAUGUCACAUGUGUUUAGUAAAAAUCUGUAUUUUAUAUUACCAAUAUAAAUGAUGACUUAUUAUUUUUUUAGAUCUAAAGUUUAGCCUUAUUAAUAAGUAUAGUAAGGGCUAGUAAAGAGUAUAAAUAUAUUCUAUAUAGAUUUAGCUUAGGCUUUAGGUUUAGUCCUUGACUAUUAUAAUAUUAUAUUUAUAUCUAUGAAUAAUCUUUAUGCUAUUGCUAGGACUAGGACACUACUCACUAGGUCUUACUAUUACAGAACAGAGAUAUACAAAUUCAAGUAUUAAAAAAUGUUGGCGACUGGGCUUAAACUUAACAUAGAGGCUAGUCUAGAUUACUCUAGAUCUACUUAAAUUAGUUAAAUCUAUUAGUUUAUAAACUAUUACUAGUACUACUUAACUAGUAGUAUUACUACAAUUAGUACAAUAAUACAAGUCAAGUAUUUAUAAACUAGAUCUAGUGAGUGACUAGUAUAGUCUAAGUAUAGUAGGCCCUAUACCUAGAUGAUCUACUAGUACUUGAUGAUACUAGAGACUACUACUAGAGUAGACUAGAUCUAGAUUCUAGAUCUAGUGACAAUCUACUAUAAUAGUAUAAUCUAGUGACUAGUCCUAUUAUAAUCUAUCUAUAAUUAUAUUAAUUCAAUAGUCUGCUCUAGAAUAUAUUUUGAAAAAGUAGAAGAGUUCUCUUCAGGGCAUUUUGGUGCAUCCCAUGAUAAGUAUCAUUUAAAAUUGUUGGACAGCUAGAUUUAGAUAAGUUUAUCAUCUGAAUCGCUAUCAAUAACGUAUCCAGCCAUGUCUAUUUUUAUUUACAUUUUCUCAGUCCAUUACAAUACGUCACUUCCGGUUUCGGCCAUUGAAGCUGAUUUUCAAAUCUCGUUAUUUUUUCCACUUUCAAAUUACUUUUUCUAAUAUAAAUACGCUUUUCUAAAAUCUCAAAUUUUUAGGAACUAACUUUGAUGCUAUCUACUAUCUAAAUCAAUCGCUAUCUCAAUUUCGAAAAAAACCUCUUCAGUUGGUCUUUAAUACUCCGAUAAAUAGAAACCAGAUUUAGACUUUGGUCUUGUAACAGAGUAGUGAGUAGAGUAGUAACUAAGUAAAGUAGUAAGUCUAAGAUUUUACUUCACUAAAAAUGUAUUGGAAGUUGGGAGGGACAAUGAUUGAUCAAUUAGGUGCCUAAUUUAGAUUUAGUCACAUCACUGAACAGUGUGAGUGGGCUAGACACGGUUGUCUCACAGUUGUUGUUUGUCCACCAGAAAUUGUGCAUAGCUAAUUGAAAAGAAACUACCUAUUUAUAAUAGCAAACAUGGAACACAAUUUUACCCUUCAUCUAAAAGCUGUUAUUAAAAAGGAUAUGGAAGAAAAUAUUGACAAUGUUUCGUUUGCUCAAACAUCUGAAGAACAAUCUAAUGAAUCAUACUCCAAUCAUAACUUUUCUCUUGAUGUGAAACACGUGAUAAAAAAUGAUACAGAAGAAGGUAUUGAAAAUGUUCCUGAAACUCCAGGAGAAGUAAAUGACAAGUUGAGUUUAAUAGACUUGAAGCACAACAUUUGUUAUGAAAUAGAUGAAACAUCCUGUGAUCUUCCGAUUCACUUUAAAAAGUUGGGGCCAGAAGAAACUUUUUUCAAAGAACAUACUGGAUAUGUUAGUGGUAAAAAUAAACAUAAACUUCCCAGUGAAGAUAAUACAAAUGAGGAUUGUUUACUUUGUACUCCAGAAAAUCAAAACAAGGAAGUAAUGAAAACAUUUACAUCAGCUUUACUAUUAGAAACAAAUAAGGCGGUGCAUACAAGUGAACAAACAUUUCAAAUAAGCCAGAAAUUGAUUUCAACCUCUUCAGUUACUAGGCUACACCCAAAGGAUCCUGAUGAAAGAAGAUUUAAAUGUCCAAUUUGCCAGAAAGGAUUUCCAUUCUCUUCAAGAUUAAAAGCACACCAAGUGGUCCAUACAGGUGAAAAACCAUAUAAAUGUCAAAUAUGCCAGAAAGGAUUUCCAUUCCCUUCAGGUUUAAGAGAACACCAGGUGGUCCAUACUGGGGAAACACCAUAUAGAUGUCAAAUAUGUCUGAAAGUAUUUUCAUCCUCUUCUAAAUUAAAAACACACCAAGUUGUCCAUACAGGUGCUAAGCCAUUUCAAUGUCAAAUAUGUCAGAAAACAUUUUCAUAUGCUUCAAGUUUAAAAAUACAUCAGAUGGCCCACACAAAUGAAAAACUAUAUAAAUGUCAUAUAUGUCUAAAAGUAUUUUGGACCGAUUCUGUUUUAAAUAAACAUUUGGAGGCACAUACAGAUGAAAAACCAUUUAUAUGUCAAAUAUGUUUCAAAGUAUUUUCAUUUGCUUCAAGUUUAAAAGCUCACAUGGUAGUCCAUACAGGUAAAACAGCCAAUAAAUGUCAAACAUGCCUAAAAGUAUUUCCAACAUCUUCAACAUUAAAAAGACAUCAGGUUGUCCACACAGGUGAAAAACCAUUUCAGUGUCCAAUAUGCCUGAAAGUGUUCUCAUUCUCAGCAAGUUUAAAGUCGCAUCAGGUCGUCCAUGUAGGGGAAAGACCUUUUGAAUUUAGACAAUACAAAUGUCUUUUGUGCAAUAAAAGCUUGUUAUGUCUCCAAGUAAUUAAAAAACAUGUCAAAAUACACAUUGAUAAGAAGCCAUUGACCUGUGUUCUAUGUAAUAGAAGUUUUUUUCAUAUCACUUCAGUAAAAAGACACAUGUCAGUGCACAUUUGAAGAUAGGAAUAUUGUAGAAUUUGACUCUUUUGCUCCCCAUGAAUCUGUUUGAGAAUAGAUAGGAACCUUGACUAAAUCCUCCACAAACCACUGUGGCUCACUAUAUUGUAAGAUGUACAAAUGUUCAAGCUCUGUUCCUUGCAUUUUUAUCUUUUCACUACUGGUAUCUUCUUUGACGUAAUGCUGGGUCAAGUGAAGCAGUUUUUGCAGGAGAGCAUCUCAAUCAGGUUCCAUUCAGACAAGAAUCAGCAGCACCUACUGUCCCAUACUAAAACUAAUUGUCACAAAGAUUCUCUAUGUUGAUGAUUGCCUCAUUCUUUCUCACAAUAAUUUAGUUUCAACUCUCCAUCUAACCAUUUAACUAACCAAAACAGAAGUCAUGUCCCAAAAAUCAGCCCACUUAUCUCUGCGAAUGACCAUUCUGUUAGUGGGGUAGAACACUUUGCCCAAGAAGCAUGAUAUCCAAUGUCAUGUCAUUGUAUGGAGAAGUAGAUAACCCUUGAGCUCUAGAAAGAACUUUUGGUUGCUUUUAGACAAGAGAGUAGUGUAAUAGUAUGACUAAAAAAAAUCAGUGUCUACCAAAUGGUGAUUCACACAAGCUUUCUGUAUGUCACUGGGAUCUGUUUGCUAUACUGAAUAAUUCUGGAAUGCUUUCUAUAAAGGGACAUGUGCUUCAUCUUGGCAUAUGAUGGCAGGACAGUUCUAGAAAUAUUAAUGUUCUAGUUAAUGCCAGUGUAGAGAGUAUAGAGGCAGUGAUGUUCUUUUAAAAGCAGGAACCUAUUCUUUAUGGAGGGCGAUCAUAUACUAAAGGCAAUCUCAUUUAACUUACUUACAAGGAGAUAGGUGUAACAGAUUUGUCCUGUAGGUGUAACAGAUUUGUCCUAUAGGUGUAACAGAUUUGUCCUGGGUAGAUUUGGCAUAUUAGUUUUUAACCCUCAGCUUUAAAGCAAAUAAAGAGCCAUAUUUUGUUCUUAUCUAUUUUUAAAUUCAGGAUAGAAGGCACUAGUUUUCAUAUUCCUUGUCUGGCUCUGAGACCAGAUUGUUGUAGACAUUACUAAAUAUUUCUAUAAUGACUCAGCACUCACAUUAUUGAAGUCUACAAUGAAAUGAUAUUAUUGGCUAAGCUAAUAUUGGCUGUACUUAAUCAUUUAUACAAUCAUUUACACUUUUAAGAUGAUCAUUUAUGAUUUACAUUUGUUAGUCUUUUAUGAUUAUAUGUUGACAAAAAUUGUUUUACAUAACUUUUACUAAAAGUCUUUGAUACAUUUACUUCAUGCAUUUAAUAAAACAUGGUUUACAGAAUUUCAAUAGUUGAGGUUUAAAUGAAUAUGUACUAAAGUAUACUCAAACUAUAAUAAGAGGUGUGGUGGGUGAGUGGUAAAUGGGGUUUUUCUUUUGAAACAUGGGAUUUUUUUUUUUGCUCAAGUCCUUUUAACUCUAACGAGUACCUGACUUAAGUUAGGGAAAGUAAAGAUGGUUGGUUGUUGUGCUGGCCACAUGACACACUUGUUAACCAUCCAUCAUAGAAACAUUUAAAUCAUCGUCUGAAGGUUGUACUUUACUUUUUAUACAAAAUGUAUAAACAAAAAAAAAAAAAUCUUCAUUUGUUUAAAUCAAAAAGAAAAAAGUUGACAAUUGUUUGAUCUGUUAUUUUGUAUUAGAUGUUGACUUAAAUUUGUCUGCUUUUAACAGCAUGUAGUAUUAUUAUUAUUUGUAGGCUUCUAAUGUGUAGAAUGUUGAUAUCAAUGAUCUGUAUAAGCAAUAAAAUGCAAUGGAUUUUUUUAAAAGUUAUGAUUACAAAGAGACUUUCUUAUGGUAAAGAUAUGAAAUGAAAUGAGUAUGUUUUGAAUAGUAAAGUGUUCAGGAAAAGUU